CUCCGCUGAAUGAACUUUGUUUUCCCAGAACUGUCAAACUGAUAAGCUUUUCCAACUCUUGACACGGACAAACUGCUGUGUUAGCGGGUCGGGUAUCAUCACAUCAGACGAUAAAUAGUGUACCUAGUACAAUUUAUCGAGGAAGUUUCUCUGUCGGAAGGCCAACAUUAAGCUAAUUUUGUAGGUUUCGUUCGUGCGAUUUGAUUUAUGGCUAAAAUUCUAAUAAUCGAAUCGUUCUAUGGAGGAUCUCAUAAACAACUGCUGGACACAAUUUUACAGCAAUUUCAUCCGGCAGAGUAUGACCUGUUUACAUUAACUGCUAAAAAAUGGCACUGGCGAUCUCGGGUAGGAGCACUUUAUUUCUCGGAAGUUAUUCCGCACGACCAUCAAUAUAAAACAUUAUUCACAAGCUCGGUGCUAAACCUCGCAGAGCUGAUCGGUCUGCGGCCAGACCUUUCCGUCUGUAGAAAGAUAGUGUACUUCCACGAAAAUCAAUUGAACUAUCCAGUUCGAGAGAUAAAGGAACGAGAUUGCCAAUAUGGUUUGAACCAAAUCAUGACUUGUUUAAGCGCCGACCAAAUUGUGUUCAAUUCACAUUACAAUAUGACUUCGUUUCUGGACAACAUUAGGAGUUUCCUCAACAUCGCCCCAGACCUGAAAUUAAAGAAUCUGAAAGAGAAGUUAGAGCCACGAUGUGAGGUGAUUUACUUUCCUAUUCCAUUUCAUAUGAUUCCGAAAAGGAUAUUUACCAAAAACGAUAAACCGCUGCAUUUAGUUUGGCCUCAUCGUUGGGAACACGAUAAAAAUCCUCAAUUUUUGACCAACACGUUACUUGAACUUAAUAAACGGCAGGUGGAAUUUCGUGUUUCUAUUCUUGGUGAGCGAACUCAAUCAAUUCCUGACUGUUUCGAGAAUAUCGGCGAACUUCUGAAGGAAAAAUUGAUAAACUUCGGUUAUCUUAGCAAGGACGAGUACUAUCGCACUUUACUUGAUGGCGAUGUUGUAAUUUCAACUGCAGGUCAUGAGUUCUACGGAGUUGCAAUGUUGGAGGCUGCAUUCUGCGGUUGUUUGCCGGUGGCACCGAAUAAACUAGUCUACCCGGAGAUCUAUCCAGACAAUAGUCUCUACAACACGUCUAAUCAAUUGAUUAAAAUGCUGUAUAGCUGGUGUAAAAAUCGUGCUCUUUUCGAGAGAGACCGAGCCAUCUUCUACGAAAACUUUGACUUCGACAAAUAUUCCUCGGUUAGCAUUGUGCCGAAAUUCAUAUCAAUGAUCAAAGCACAUAUCAUCCCUGCUGCAGUUGCAGUUAGUAAUGGGAUAUAGAUGAGAAUAACUACCCACUUCCUCAAUUCAACUAUUGUAGACUUCUACUGGAGGUGGAAGAAAACGAUCCAGCAGAGUGCACAAUAUUGCGCCAAUUAUCUAUCACGCACUCUAUGAUAUAACAAAUAACUUUAGAAUCCAAAGGCACAAACUGAAAUGUUUGUUCUAAAUAUUAAACGUGCAAAUCGUUUCGCAAAAAAUGCACAGUCUCGAUUAGAUAUUUGUUUUUGUUAUGUUUUUUAAAUUUUUGAACUUAGAACAAUUAACUUUCGAACGGUCGGAAGUCAUACAAGGUGGAAUAUUUGCAUGUUUGUUUUCUAUUGAGCGAAAUUCUGGUAUUGUAUAUUACAAUAUCUCUGGCAAUUUUUUAACACGGUAAUUAACAAAGGGAAUCAAUAUAUUCGUAGGUAAUUGAAUAUUGUCAUUGAUUAA